AUGACGCUCUCACAGUGUGCUCUCUGGCGAUCUCGGCCACAGCCGCCACGGGGAGAGGCGGCGAUCGCAGCGCCUCUGAGAAGUAACUCCGGACUAAGGGAUUCGCGCGAAGUGAGAAAUAAGCGCGUUUGCUUGCGCCUCUUCUUUCCUCAGACGCAGAGAACGCAGCCGGUCCGUCUCCCUCACAACCGCUGCUUCGCUCCUCAGCUGCGUCCUUCUCUCAACUCCUAUUUGUUUCCUUAUUCUCCUCUGUCGCCUUCUCUGUCUCGUGGAAAAACUGCUUCGUUCUCGUCGUUCGCCUCGCUUCCUCCGAGAGUGACGAGACGGGCGGUAUUUCGAGACUUCUUGCUCUCUCCGACGCAAGGGAACAGAGACCUCACGACGCCGCUUUGCUGUUUCUCGCCAUCCUCUCCUCUCUGGCACUCCUGUCCUCUGUCGAGCGCAUCUGUUGCUCGUUCGUUGUCCUCUCCACUUGCUGCGUCAUCUGGAUCGUCCUCUCCUUUCGCGAACGUCGAAGCUGAGCAGCUGAAGAAACCGACCGAUGACGGAACGUCUAUCUCGAGUUCGUCUUCUCCUCUCUGCGCCACCCGUCAAGUCUUUCGUUUUCUGCGUCUCGACUUCUUUGCUCCUCGCACUUAUGCUCGUGGUCCUGACCUCAAAUGCGUUGCCUCCUCAGUUUCGUCGUUCUCUUCUGCUGCAACUGCUCUUCGCGUACCUACGGGGCCUUCUCCGACCUCCAACAAUCGCUUUGCCCCCUUCUCCUCCUCUCCUUUGUCUUCUUUUUCGUUCACUCGUCCGUCUGCGAGCUUCCAAAUAUGGUAUUGUAGAAAGGAGAGGCAGUUGAAUGUUUUCUCCUGCCUCCACUCUGUCUCCAGUCGUUCGAUCUUCUCCUUCCUGAGACAGGAGCCGCCUUCUCCGCCUCCUUCACCGUCCUCUCCCUCACCGUCUUCUCCCUCACCGUCUUCUCCCUCACCGUCUUCUCCCUCACCCUGUCCUUCUUCCUCCCUGUCUUCUUCUUCGUCGCCUGGCGACAGGGCAAGCAAGCGUCAAGACUCCCCAGUCGUUGCGGCGGCGGCGCGAGCGAGAGACGCGGAAGAAGCUCCCGCAUCUGUGGAGUUUUUGCGAGUAUCGGGUCUUCUUCAAGGAGACAACUUGCAGGAGAAACUUCGCAGGAGGCGCCAGCGCAGGCGCGAGCACCUCACCUCGGCCUUGGCGCCCUUCGCGUUCGUCCCCGACGCACUCCACAGCGUUUCCAGCCGACUCUUUGAGGAGGCAAGGAGACCGGAGACACGGAGACAAGAGGGAAGCAAACAGGAGAGAGAAAGAGGAGAAACAAGAGGGGAAACAAGGAGUGAAAGCAUAGGGAGGAAAGAAACGAGAAGAGAGGAGACGGAAAGGCGAGGAUGCGCAGGGAAGAGAGAUGCUCAUCGCAGCUCUGAGCAGACUUUUCGGCGGAGCGAAGUCGAAGGAGCGAGCGAGGUCCGGAGAGAGCGAAGAGACACUAUGGGGAGACGCCAGAGACGGACGAGAGGAAAGGCACCGUCUCACCAGCAACUUCACUAUCCCCUGCUUCUCUCCUUCGCUGCACUCUAUGAAGAUCUUGCUCUCCUCAAAAACCGAAUUCUCUCUCAAAGUCGCCGCGUGCGAAUGGCGCUUGUCCUCUCAGCAUGCGGAUUCUGCUGGGUUGCGUACAACUGGGAAGAUGUGCGUCGCCGUCUGGGCCUUGAAGGCGCCGCGGUGCUUCACGAGGGCAUGCAAUCUCAAGAACUCCAGUUCACAGCGCGGGAGUUCUCCAAGCAGCUGAUCGACGACCUGCUUCAGGAUCAUCGGCUGCAGGCUGGAGCUCAGCGCUGGGUGCAGGAGCUCCUCAGUGCGAGUGACCGCGAAGUUGCCGCUCUUGCCGUUCGAGCACUGAACGGAGAGGAAGUUCAAGGUGCCGUCAAGCGCCUGUUGGAUGACUUGGUUCGGUAUCUUUGUCAGAACGCCGCAGUCCAGCAGCAGGUCGCCGAACUCCUCAGCUAUGCCAUCACCUUACCCGUGGCGAAAGACACAGCCGCCUGGUGGUUCCAGGAGCUCCUGCAGCGUCCAGAUGUUCAGCAAGCUGCUCAGACUUUCGUGAACAAUGCGAUUCUGAGUGACCCCAGCGUUCGAGCACAGGCUGGCGAACUGGCGCAGUGGUGCAGCACCCGCGUCGUGAACGACCAGGCCACUGCCGACGCAACUCGCGACUUGCUUCUGCACGUUCUCGCAGACUCGACGCUUCGAAAGUUUGUCUCCGACUUCCUCUGGCAGGUUCUCAAGGGAUUCAUGCAGCCGAGAUGGCUCGGCGGCGGCUCAAAGGCCUCUGAGCUGCAUGCAGAAGCGUCGACCUCGUCCUCCGGGCUCCCUGAGAAAGAAGGUCGCUCUUCGUCGGCGGCAUCUCCCCGAGAAGAAAACACAGAGCCGCGCGUGACGGAGGAGCGAGAGGAGACGAAGAAGAGAGAGACGCACAGAGAGAACAAGGAUCCGAAGAAGGAGAGACUCGAGGCGCGCGAGGAGCUGCGACAGAGACUGGAAACUGCGCUUUGCUCCUCAGACGAAGACACGAAAGAAACGGUCACCGUUGACAGAGAGAGCUUGUCACGUCUCCUCGCCCUCCUUGAGAAAGAAGAUGAACAGCUCUCACCUCGACAGUUCUCAACAAAUGCUCUUGCAUCCGAUUCACCCUCCUCCUCCUCCACGUCCUCUACUCCUUUAAGUGCGUCUUCUCAGUCUUCAUCCCCCUCCUCUUCUUCUUUUCCUACUUCCUCUCCUUCUCCUUCUUCAUCUUCCCCUUCUCCUUCUUCAUCUUCCCCUUCUCCUGCUGCGCCAUCUUCCUUUGUCCUGCCGCCAUCUUCCUCUUCUUCCGAGAAGCAGUCUGGAGCAGCGGAGGAGCCACCGUCGCAUUUGGCGGCGGAAUCUCGCUCUCCGUCGUCAUUGCUUGGCCAGUGUGACUCGCGUGCUCCGAAGCUCGCGAAUGCAGAGGAGAAGGAAGCCUGGGAGCCAGAGACGGCAUUUGGAGAGACGACGACUUCCUUUCUUCCCCUACUCCCCGUCGCAGCAGACGAAGCAACUCAGGGGCAUCUUCCUGGAAACGAACCGGCUGAAGAGACAUCCCCGGAGGGCGGCGAUGCGAGCGACUCACGGCGAGAAGCGGAGACCAACGCCCAGGGAAAAGACUGCGAGAGGUUCUCCCUCGCCGACUUAGCUGGACAGAUAAGGAGAUACAGAAGACAAGAGCAGGAUCUGGAGAAAGACAUGGAGAAGGAAGCGGAGGAAUGCGUGGAGCACAAAGCAGACGGUGUGCACACAGGAAGCACGACGGGAGUGGACGAGGCGAAGGAGAACACGAACGCGUCGACGCAGUUGCAUUCGUUAGCAGCGCCGCUGCCUCGCGAAGAGGUUGAAGCGACCAAGAGACUGACGGCGGCGCUCUCUCGCCUUCUGCCUGUCGACGCGCGGUCCGCGUCUUUGUGGCGAGAGGGCCGAGAAGCGGAGAAGCAACCUCAACCAGGGAGAAAAGAGAGUCGUGGAGGACCUCAGUAGAGACCUGUCUCUCGCCUCUGUUUGUGUCUUCGAGGCGCCGAAGACACGGCUUCGCAACUUUCUCUGUGUGUGAACAGAGAAGGGUCGCAACCAGAUAAACGCUCAUGGACAGAAAUAGAAGGCUACGAGCUUCUGGAAGAAGACGCGAACGCAGAGCGAGAGGCAACAACAGAAAAAUAAAGUCCAGAAACAUGGCUUGCCAGGGAGCACGGCUGGCACCAAGUCGGGAACCCACGAAGCGCCUCCCGAGCUUCACCUCUCCCACUGCUGUGGUCGUUUGAGUGGAGGGAUGAUCCCCGACUGUUUUUUUUUCUCGCUUUUGCUAAGAUUCAUGUCGAGCCAGCAAGUUUCACGGAGCGCCGCGAGUGGAGCGGCAGAGGCUUAAAAACGUGGAAGAGCAAUUGACUUGUGCUUGUUGUGGAAGUGACUGUUUCGCGUGGCUGCACCCGUGAGCGUCCACGCAUGCCAGCGUCGCCGUCGAAACUUCGGUGAUUCACUUUCGUAGGGUCUGUUCUGGCCUUCGCCGCGCAGGCCAGAUCGCAACUCACCGAGACACAAAAAGCCAGCUCGACUUCGGGGUCAUCGCAGAGAUCGGCGACGACUCGACAAGGCCGCGCCGUAUCGCUAGAGAUGUUCGUUCUUGAUUUGAGGAUCUGUCACGUGCUCUGUGGUGGAUUUUGGAGUGCAUGUGAAUGAGGGCGCGGUGCGGAGUCGAGCGAGGACCUCUUUAGAAAAGGUCUCAGAUCCCCCGAGUUGCGCGAGUGUAGCUAGGCAGAGAGUGCAUUCGGAGCGAAUCGUUUUCAUUUUUGUCUACCGAAAGGAAUGUGCGUCGGAGUUUGCGUAAGAGAAGUUGGCCACGCGAAGAAGGCGAAAAUUCUAAUUCACACCCGUCCGGCAGAGACGACGACACGACCGGUGGCCUACCCUGGCCUCGUCCUGCUGCCAGACGAACCGAAUUCCCCCACAGACAGAAGAAUGAGAUGACAGAACAUGCUGAACGCGGCCUCUCACGACUGUCAACCCCAUCCACACACGGUGAACCUCAGGUUCACCCUGCCUCUCUCGUAUUCCUCUCACUCGACUGCUCGUUCCUCUGCACUUUUUCGCGCUGUCCACCCCACUCUCCGUCCUCCCGAUCUCGCUGACUCACUCCAAACUCCGUCUCGCAACGCCCAGUCGCC